UAUAUUAACACGAAAUUUUCUCUGAUUUCUGUAUGAAUCUGUGGUAACGCCUUUUACUGAGAUACCAGAAAUGAAUAUGCGAUCAACGACAGCAUACGAUUUUCUUGUGGUUGUAUCUUCAAAAAUGAGUGAUUUGGCAUUUCUUUCUAUAGUUUGUCUUGCUUUUAUGCUUUCCCAAUGCGAAGGGAAGAUCUUUCCGCCACCUGAAGGCACUGAAUUAACAUUUUUGCCUGGAACAGAUGGGAAAAUACGGUGGUCAUUUGACGACGAUCUGUCUUCUGGCAGUUUUCGUGCUUGGUAUCGACGAAAAACCUUAGAUGGAAAAGCAAAGUUACUUGCACAAAUCAUCGAUGAUGAUUCAGUGCCAAGUUUUCUCGCACCUGGUUACGCAAUAGAAGGAAACGCAACACUGGUGAUACAAAAUGUUAAUGAAAGUCAUAAUGGAAUAUAUCAGUUUUUCCUUGGCCCGUAUCAAUCUAAUGUUGUAGUUUUUGUCGCAAGCAAGCCAGCAGUAACACUCAGUUGUUCCAGUCCCAUCGCAACAAUUGAGGGUGAUAAUAUCACAUGUAUCUGCCAGGCAAAGGAUGGUAAUCCUCCAGCUAACGUGACAUGGUAUAAAGAUGGCGUUCAGAUCACUAAAUCGGAAAAAAAUAGACAAAUAUUAAACCUAAACAAUGUCGAUAAAAAAGAUAGUGGAAUAUACAAAUGUAUAGCCCGAAGCUACACCUUAGCAGACGAAAAAUCAAUUGAAGUAAUGGUAUAUUACCCAGUCUCACCUGCUAUUUUAAGUCUUACGACCACCCCAGAAGAUGUCGUAAUUGGUGAAUCAGUUGUAAUAACAUGCGAAGCUAUAGCUGUUCCCUUACCAAGUUAUACAAUAAUCCAUAAUGAUACUAAAGUCGUCAGUACUCGCAAGACGUAUAUUAUAACUAUUUUGAAAUACAACGAUGCUGGCUCAUAUGAAUGUAUUGCUACAAAUCAACUUGGAAAAAGUUCAAAGACUUUUAAUUUGUCUGUCGUCGAAAUACGAAAAACGAAUACCCCAAGUUCGAAAGGUGUCGGAACAGAGAAACCAGAAUUUAAGGGAUCCCAGAUUUGCAAAAGUGGAACUGAAUGGUACAUCGUUUUGGUAUCAUCCGUGACCACAUUCAUCAUAGGAAUUCUCAUAACCUGCACUGUUUUCUACUUUCGUUGUAAAUUCGGAAGUAGGAAGCCUCAACCAAACCGUGAAAGUCCAAAAUCUCAAGUUGAUAAAACUUAUCAGGAAUUAGAUCUUACAAAAAUGAACACAGGAGAGAAUUAUCAGACAUUGACAGCGGUUCCCGGCGCUGCAGCAAGUAAUGAAAGUGUAAGAGAAGAUGACUCAACUUACACUGAGCUGAGUAAAACCAGAGAUAUAGAGGAAAACUAUCAAUCUUUGACUUGAACUUUGGAAAAGAAAUCCUGACAACGCUGUUGAUCUGCGACUUAACUCGCUCUUUCACAUAAAAUCUGUCACACAAAAAUCUGUAAUCGUCCUUCUCAAGACGGAACAAACCCACACCCUAGUUGAUUUACAAUUGGGUAUAGCCCCCAGAAUUGAGAAACAUUUUUAUCUUGGCUGUAGAUAAUGUCGACCUCACACCAGAGUCUUGAUAAUUUGCAAAACACAUAAAAUAUAUUUGCGUUACGAAUUGUAGCGAUUUUUACAAGUUAUAAUUUUAAAAUUACGCUUAAUAUUUCGCAU